AUGAAGAAGGAUAUCCCGACUCCGACUCCGGAAGAGACCGAUGAAGUAAAUGCAUCCAAGGUUGUUCAUACUGAUACUUUCUCCGAUGAGACCAUCACCUAUGGCUCUCUCCGCGAACAAGCCGGCCAUGCUGCCUGGGGUCUGCAGAAAAGGUUGGGACUGCAGCCAGGUGAUACUUUGCUUGCACUAGUCAACAACUCUAAUGCAUUCGUUCUUCUCGCUCAUGCAACCUGGUGGACAGGUGCUAUUUUCGUGCCUCUCAAUACAUCAGCGACGCGUGAUGAUAUUUCGCAUGUUCUGAAGCUUGUCCAGCCAACGCAUGUUGCCACUAUUGAAGAGAAGCUUAGCGUAGUCCAGGAUGCCUUGGCCUCUCAGUCAAUGACGAACACCAAAAUUUUGACUGUCAACUUCAAGGAAGGGAAUCUUCCGCAGUUCCCAAACGAUAUUAUCGGCAAAAGAGCUACAGAGACCAUCUCACCCCAUGGCCUUCAGGGUAAAAACGGCAAGGACGUGGUCAGCACCAUUUGCUUCUCCUCUGGAACAACUGGAAAGAUGAAGGGUGUCCAGCUUUCUCACUACAACCUUGUCAUGAACAGCAUCACAAUGCGUGCCUCCAUGCCGAUUAGGGUUAACUCGGCUGUACGUGAAGUUUUCUUCGCUCCUUAUUGCCAUAUAUACGGCCUGAGUCUGGUCGUACUGGCUGGUAUGUGGGUUGGAGCUCAAUAUUGCGGUCUCCCGGGUUUCGACUUGGAAACUUUUUGUCGCAAGUCGAGCGAGCUGGAAGUUACAGACCUCCACAUUGUGCCUCCUGUGGCUCUUCUUCUUGCCACAUCACCCGUUGCUCAGAAGGUAUGGUCUCACCGAAUGUUCGGGGGCAUUAUCCAUCAGAUAGAUGAAGACGAGAGAGCUUUUGGCUGUGUUGGGAAGCUGUUUGCGGGAGUGGAAGCUCGUCUUGUCGACCCGAAAACAAACAAGGACGUCCCUAUCGGUGAAGAAGGUGAACUUUGGGUCCGCGGCCCCGUGGUUAUGAUGGGCUAUGUCAGUGAUCGCGAAGCAACAAGCCAAACCUUCUCGGAAGGGUGGAUUAGAACAGGAGACAUCUUGAAGAUAGACGAAAACCAGAAUUUCUGGGUUACCGAUCGUCUCAAGGAGAUGAUCAAGUACAAGGGAUUCCAAAUAGCCCCCUCCGAACUCGAAGAUAUGCUCCUGCGUCAUCCAGAUGUGAUCGACGCUGCAGUUUGUGCAGUCUACGACGAUUCCCAGGCCACCGAAGUUCCCCUUGCUUAUGUUAGCCUUUCACCUGCAACGGUUGGGUUGCUGGGUUCUGAGAAGCAGAAGGCACUCGAUGCAAUCAGGAUCUGGAUGGACAGCCAGCUAGCGGGUUACAAGAAGCUCAGGGGAGGUGUUCACCAUUUGCAGGAACUGCCUAAGACUCCGACUGGUAAGAUUCUCAGACGGCUUUUACCUGCGAAGUUGAACGAGCAGAGAGAAGCGAAGCUUUAG